UCUGUUCGCUGAAAUGGAAAGCAGAGUCCAAGCAUUACGUGGAGGUGAACAUUGGUUUUAUGGCACCCAACCCACUGCGCUGCAAGAUAAAGGUAAGGACAUGGAUAUAAAGCCAGAGUGUUUACUCACUUGUCCAGGAAACUCAAGACAGCCACAAUAAAUCAUACUCCUGCUCCACUAUGAACCCUGCUCAGACCGCCCUCAAGACUAAACUGGAAGAGCUGGAGUGUCACUUCACCUGGGGACUGGAAGUCAGCAGGUACAAGCUGCUCAUUCACAGAGAUCACCUGGAGGACAUUGGCAGUGACGAGAGCUUUCCAUGGCUGGGUCAGAUGUACAACUUGUGGGCUUACAUACACCACACCCUGGACUCCACUGACGCAGCCCUGCAGUGCCUCAGUAAGGCAGAGGAGGCCUUUCACCUAAACAGUCCUUCAGACACGAUGGGUCCUUGGCAGCUGGUCCACUAUGGGAACCUAGCCUGGGUGCACUAUCACCUGGAUAACCUGGCGGAGAGCCAGCGGUGCGUGACAAAGGUUGAGGAACUGCUACGAGAUUACCCCUUGCCUUCCCAGGGAGAACUGCACCCUGAGGUGUGUGUUGAAAAGGCCUGGACCCUCAUGAAGUUUGACCAGGACAAAAGACUGAAAGCAAUAGAUUACUUUCAAAUGGCUAUUAGGAUGGAACCUGAGAGAAAGGAGUGGCAAUCAAGCCAUGCCUUGGCCUUAGACUCAGUCUACUAUUUUCAUCCAAACAACCAACAGAAGGAGUCUGAGGUUCUAGAGGAGCUGAGACUUGCCAAGGAACACGAUCCAGACAACUUGUAUGUAGCAAGUAUCUAUCUGUUAAGACUUGGCCGGAGUGGCCAGGUGAAAAAGGAGGAAGCGCAACAGCUAGCGCAGCAAAUUUUAAAGAAGCCUGUCAGUUGCUACAGUGGUCUUAGACCCUUACUUCAGUUUUACAGAACAUAUUUAUCACACAAUGAAGCUAUUGACCUAGCAGACGAGGCUCUGGAAAGACAUCCAAAUGUGCGCUACCUGAAAAAACAGCUAGCGAAAUCCUACAGAUGGAAAAUAUUUUCAAUGGAGGACAGUCCGAGGAGGCAGAGCAUGUGCGACAGAGCCAUCAGUCUCUAUACAGAUGUGAUCUCACUCUAUCCAGAGACAUCACUAAAGGUCAAACUGGAGCUUGCAAGCAUCUACGCAGAAUCAGACAUUGACAGGACAGAACUAGCCAAUCAGAUCUAUGAGAAUUUAUUGUCCAGCGAGCAGGAUCCAUACGAGUUGCAGAUGCUCUACUUCCAUUACGCUACAUACAAAAACUUCCACAUCCAGGAUCGCAAUGCAUCAAUUGAUUAUCACAAGAAGGCAGCAGAAAUACCAAAUCCUAACAAAUACGGUAAAAAGAGUUUCAACAUCUUGAGGAAGAUUGAACAACGGGGAAGAAAUCGAAGAUGUGCAGAAAUCUUGGAAUUUCUCGAAAACCUUUCUUCUCACAAUGAAUAAGAGCAAGGAGGAGAAUUAACCAAUCAAAGAGGUUAACCAAAUUGAGGGUCCCAUACUGUACAUACAAUGUAUUUUAUUUUUAUGCUCUUUGGGCUCUUUAGACCAGGUUGCUGCUAUGCAAAUUGUGCCAAAUGUUUUUUGUUGUUGAAAGCGCCAUGCAAAUAAAACUAUUGAUUUAAUUA